AUGAGUAGCUCCCCGCAGACGCCGCAGCAACCCGAUGACUACGAGGACUUCUUCAGCACGGACCUGUUCGUGAACCGCGACUACGAGACGCAGGAGUUCGACUUCGGCGUCGUCAAGCAGCAGCUCUUGUGCUCCCAUGCCGCCUCCACAGACCACGACCUGACCGGCCAAGUGGUGUGGCCGGUCUCGGCCUUCCUGGCCUGGUACCUCGUGACCCACCGCGAGGAGAUCGCUGGCAAGACGGUGGUGGAGCUCGGCGCCGGCGCUGGGCUCAGCGGACUCGUCGCCUCUCAGUUCGCAGCCCACACCGCUCUAACGGACGGCAACGACAUCGUGCUGGAGCUGCUGGAGGAGAACGCCGAAGCCAACGCCGACUCCAGCAAAGUGCAGGCGCUGCCGCUGCUCUGGGGCGACCACGAGAGCGUGGAAGCCUUCGAGCGAGCGUUCCCGCACCCCGUGGACGUGCUCAUCGGCGCCGACGUCGUCUGUUGGCCCAUUCUGGUCAAGCCCAUUCUUCAGACCAUCAAGUAUCUGCUGCUUCGGUCGCGGAACCCGCUGGAGACCAAGUUCUGCUGCGGCUUCGUGUGCCGCGCGCAGUCCACCGAGGACCUGCUGUUCAAGGAGGCCGUGGCCUUCGGCUUCCGCUUCGAGCGCGUCAGAGACGACGAUUUCCUCCCCACGCCGCGACCUGCAGACGUCACCUCGAACCGCGAGCUGCAGCUGAUCGUGUUCUCGCUCGACCCGCAGAAGCCCAACUGGAACGAACCUGUGCGCUUCGCGGACGCGGAGCUCACGAAUCUGCAGACAGCAUGCUAG